AUGAAAAAAGAACUGGCUAAGGAAGAAGAAAAAGAAAAGAGAUCACGGUCUGAACUGUUACCUGAAGAGCUCUGGAUUAUCGUUGCUGCAUAUGCUUUUCGAGAUGAUCCAUCUGCCAUAGCUAAUCUUCGCAGUGUUUGCAAAUCUUUGAAUGUUUUGAUAACUAAUAAUCAAAAUUAUAUUGUUAAACAUUCUGUUCCUCGUACUGAGCAUCAAAUACCUAAUUACUAUACCCAACACCCCUUCCUAAUAUCACUCAGAGGACAGCUUUGUGACUUUGUUUUUCGCAAUUAUACUUUUCAGAUGCAAUUUCCAGAGUUAGCAAGUUCAUAUAUUCGAUUUUCGAAAUUCGGUUGGUUUCUUUUAUCUCGCGGGGAUGUUAAUAAAACCCAUUUUUUCUUCAAUCCAUUCACCAGACAGAAGAUUGAAAUUCCAAACUCAAAUAAAAGAUUUAUGAGUAUGUGUUUUUCUUCCUCUCCUUCUUCUUCGGAUUGUCAUGUUUUCGGAUGGACGGCCGGUUUAAAAAGCUGUGGCGUUAUCAAACGUGGCGAACAAGAGUGGAAUUUCUACGGAGAAUUAGAAAACUCUCUAGAAACUAAUCAGCACCAUCCCAUAUUUUAUAAAGAUCGUUGUUAUUGCAUGGGUGAUCGUUAUACCGUGGUGUUCAAUCUAAAAAACAAGUCACUAGAGGUAUUACCUAAAAGUCCUUUCUGGCAUUGUUCUGUUACGGAUUAUUAUUUAGUAGCAGAUGAAGAAGAAGAUAAUUUAUUGGCUAUUUUCGUGCCCGGUGAUGAAGGUAAGAUCGAGAUCAUGCGUUACGAUCAUUCAGAUCAAAUAUGGCGAGAAAUAGAAACAUUGAAGAAUAAAACGUUAUUUCUGAGUAGGACUGCAUCUUUCAUAAAGCAGGCUCCAGUUGAAUGUAUGAAGAACAGGAUUUGUUUUCCUAAACUUAGAGAUAAUGAUUAUAUUGUUUACUCGUACGAAAAUGGAAAUUAUUGUUCUUUUUUGGGUGAUUGUCGAAACAAAAUCCCCGUGGAUUUAAAGGCAUUGCCAAAUUGCGCAUGGAUCGAAACAGUCACAGCUCCCACGUCUUGCCGUGAAGAGUUCCAGUGGUAA